AUGUUUGGAGGAAACAAUACGUCAAACCUGGGGUCUGGCUUUGGAGGAUUCGGCUUUGGAAGCAACGUCAACGCCAACUCCAAUCAGCAGCAACCACAACAACCGCAGCAAAAUAUAUUUGGAGCAAAGCCAUCAGGAAUAUUUGGUCUGAAUACAACUCAAGGAACCACCACGGGUCAACCCGGUGGUCUUUUUGGAAGCGGAGCGUUUGGCGCUAAAAAGGACGGAGAGUCAUCUGCUUCGCCAGCUCCGGCAUUCCCUUUUGGCUCCAACGCCAACGCCAAACCCAGCACACCAGCAUUCGGAGCCGCCGCAACGAAAGAUGCUCCGGCACCGGCAUCAACUUCAGCAGCACCAUUUGGAUCCAGCACUAGUUCAUUUGCUGGUCCUUCAAACACCGGUGGGCUUUUCGGAGCAAGACCACCUACUGCUGGUGCUGGUGCUGCUCCAGCAAGUGGGACUUUAUUUGGAGCAAAUCCAAAUGCCGCGCCAUCGGGGACAGGAGGCCUAUUUGGAAGUCAGCCAGGAGCAGCAGCACCGGCUCCAUCCACCGGUGGACUUCUUGGUGCCCCAAAGACAGACGCUUCUAAACCAGGGAGCGGAAUGUUUGGAAGCCAAACUAAUGCUGCACCCGCUGGGACAACAUCGGGUUUAUUUGGAGCCAAUGCAAACGGAGCACAACCUGGGUUUGGAGAUUCGUUAGCAGCCAAUGGUAAAAAGGAAGAAAGCGCAGGAGCUCCAACCCCAAGUGCAUUUGGCUCUGGCGGUUUCCUGUUUGGUGCAAAGAAAGACGAAGGAGACAAGCCAGCCAGUGGUUUCUUGUUUGGUGCAAAGAAAGACGAUGAAAAGGAAAAACCCUCAUCUGGGUUCCUGUUUGGUGCAAAGAAAGACGAAGGAGACAAGCCAGCCAGCAGUUUCCUGUUUGGUGCAAAGAAGGAUGAGGCUGCAAAGCCAGCUAGUGGAUUCCUGUUUGGUGCAAAGAAAGACGAAGGAGACAAGCCAGCCAGUGGUUUCUUGUUUGGUGCAAAGAAAGACGAUGAAAAGGAAAAACCCUCAUCUGGGUUCCUGUUUGGUGCAAAGAAAGACGAAGGAGACAAGCCAGCCAGCAGUUUUCUGUUUGGUGCAAAGAAGGAUGAGGCUGCAAAGCCAGCUAGUGGAUUCCUGUUUGGUGCAAAGAAAGACGAAGGAGACAAGCCAGCCAGCAGUUUCCUGUUUGGUGCAAAGAAGGAUGAAGAAAAGGAGAAACCUUCCUCUGGGUUUCUGUUUGGUGCAAAGAAAGACGAAGGAGACAAGCCAGCCAGUGGUUUCCUGUUUGGUGCAAAGAAAGACGAUGAAAAGGAAAAACCCUCAUCUGGGUUCCUGUUUGGUGCAAAAAAGGAUGAGGGUGAAAAGCCUGCUAGUGGGUUCCUGUUUGGUGCAAAAAAAGAUGAGGGUGAAAAGCCUGCUAGUGGGUUCCUGUUUGGAGCUAAAAAGGACGACAACAAAGCAGACGACAAGAAACUUGGCUCUACAUUUUCAUCAACUCCAGUUCCAGUUGAAUCAGUUUCAAAAUCACAAUCCAACCCCGUGCAGCCGAAUUUGAAGCCAACUAAAAUUGAACCCAUUCCGGUUUCCAUCGAUAAUAAAAAUCUCGAUGACUUGAUCCUUAAAUGGUCCAAACAAUUGAAUGCUACAUCGAAGCUAUUUGAAAACUAUACGGGCAAAGUUAAGAGCUGGGAUAUCAAACUUGUUGAAAGUGGAGAUGCAAUCACAAAGUUGAACCAGGACUCGAUAGAAGUCGAGGCAUUGGAAUCAAAGAUUGAUCAGCAAUUGCUCUUUGUUGAAAACCAGCAAGAUGAAUUGGAAAAGAUUUUGGACAAUUACGAGCAGCAGACUGAUUUAUUAUUGAGCAAUCUUGAGGUGAACAGUGGAAGUGGUCUUUCAAAUGCAGGCAACAGACAAGCAGCGAUUACAUCAGGGCCUGGUGGGUCUGCAGGAUCAAACGUAAGUACCGCUUUGACAAAAGACGAUCACUCGCAGCAACCGAGCUACAAUUUGACGUCAAACAUGAGUGCUACCGACAAGCUUCGAGAAAAGGCCUAUUUCAACGCAGAGUUGUUGGAUGAAAGACUCGACGGGUUGGGCGAAGGACUAAACACGUUGAUUGCCGAAGUCAACUCCAUCAGCGACGUCUUUAACAAGAACAUGAUAAACAACCUAGGUCAAGACGGAGGUAGCGGCACCACCCUGUCCAACACUUUGUCCGACAAUAAACACCCAACAUCGAAGAAUUCAAUAGAGGAGAUUAUUCAAUUAUUGAAUCUCCAUUUGGAGAAUCUCAAGUACAUCGAAACCAAGGAGAAUUUGCUCAAGAAGAAACUAGAAGGUUUUUCAUAA